AUGAAUAUUCCUAGUGAAUUCAAAUCAGUGACUGAUUAUGCUGUAAUUUGUGGUAAACGAUGUCAAUUAUUUGAAAAUUUUCUAAGAGGUAGAAGAUUGAAGAAUUUUGAAGAUUGUUUAUGUAAUACCUAUUAUAUACUAGAUAAUUGUGCAGAGCAUGUAAAAGAUAAUAUUUUAAAAUUACAGAUUGAUAAAUCAGAUGAAUGA